AUGGGCCAUGCGAAGGUGUUUGAUGCAUGGAACCUCCAGUGGAAUGUGAUGGAACCUCGUCGUUUUCGGUAUGACGAGGUUCGUUCCAUGUACAGGUCAGGCACAGUGAAGCUCUAUGAAGCAGCAAUGUUAAGCAGCCCUAUGGAUCCAAAUCACGCUUUUGAGACUCUGAGACGGGUCCUGACAGACACUUUAUCUCGUCCCAACACCAUCGGAGAAGGUCAUGUGGACACGGCACGGACCAGGGUGAACGAAGCGCUUUUGCGACGGAGCGGGCAGAUCCAGUGCCCGGCGACAGAGCACCCAGGCAACUGGAGCUGCUGUGAAGACGAAGAUUUGUCCAAGCUGUCCGUUGAUCGCUACGCCUCUCGCCUUACGUUUGGGCGUGUGCGAGCCGAGCGUGCGAGAGACCUCGAGUGUCAGAGAGAGCAGGUGGCAGACGAGGCCAUUUUGCCAGUGGUGAGGCGGGCUUUCCAGUCCACGCGGCAGUCCAGUCCGCUGCGGCUCUUCGCCAGUCCUUGGAGUCCGCCCAAGUGGAUGAAGGAUAGUGGCAACAUGUGUCAGGGAGGCAAACUGAAGCAAGAAUGUCGAUCCGCUUGGGCUCAGUUCUAUGUGCGCUUCGCGGAGCUCCUGAAGGAGAAGGGCCACACCUUGUGGGGAUUUUCGGUGCAGCCGCACAGCCUGUAA